GCAAAAUGGCGGCUGAGAUGACUUGAUACCAACUUGUUUUGUUUGUUUCCAAAAAGCUAUGGUCGUUUCUUCAUUGUAAGAAAUACAAAGAAACAGGAUAUCGCCUCCGAGGGUAGUUCUAAAACCACACCAUGUACGAGAACGCUAAGACUCAAAAUAUGUUCCUGACACGGGCUCUGGAGAAGAUACUAAACGACAAGGAGACGAAAAAAUCCUAUCACCAGCAGCUUAAAAAAGCGUGCGAGGUUGCGUUAGAAGAGAUUCACAAAUCUCAAGGAGCUGUUAUUGCUGAUGAAAGUGAUGGGAGUCCAUCAUCAGCUCUACCUCCUCCUAAAGGAAAGCAGCCUUUCAUUGAAGCAGACAAAUAUUUCCUUCCGUUUGAACUUGCCUGUAAAUCAAAGUGUCCUCGCAUUAUUGUUGCAUCUCUUGACUGUCUACAGAAACUCAUUGCCUAUGGACAUCUUGCUGGUGAUAUCCCAGACAGUACUGAUCCUAACAAAAAGCUUUUGGACCGUAUAGUGGAGACAAUCUGUGGCUGUUUUGUUGGAGUUCAAACUGAUGAAGGAGUCCAGCUUCAGAUAAUCAAGGCUUUACUUACUGCUGUCACCUCCAACUCUUGUGAGGUUCACGAGGGCACCCUCCUUCUGGCUGUGAGAACUUGUUACAAUAUUUACUUGGCCAGCCGCAAUCUUACGAACCAAAGAACAGCUCAGGCCACCCUUAGUCAGAUGAUAAGUGUAAUCUUUCAAAGGAUGGAGGCACAAGCGGCUGCUGAAGAAGAAUUGAAAAAUUCUCAGCCUGAAGAAGAGGGUGUUCAAACAGCUUCAACACCUACACCAACUGAAACAACAGAUGAAAAAGAACUUGAUAGACCCUCCACUGAGGCAUCAAACUCACAUGAGCAUGAAACAGACUCUGUGGUGGAAGGUCAGGAACCAAAGAGUGCACACAGUGACAUUAGUAGGAUAGAGGGAGGGGUGGAUAGACCUGACAUUGAUGUGGAUGAAGGUGUUGAUCUGCAGGCUGAUGAUCAACUUGAUGACAGUACUAAAGAAUCUUCACCAAAGGGAAAAGAAGAGACAGAAGCAUCCUCUAAUCCUGAGGGGGGAGAUGACAGUAUAGUUGAGUCCACUGAGCAGCCAGGGGAGAGUAAAGAAGGAACAACGUUUGAAAUGUGUGCUGGAAAUGUCCCUCUGAACGGUAUAGAUGACCACACAGCAGAAGAAAAGCAGGAUGAAAAAAGUGCUGAUAAUGCACCUGGUGAUGGAGAUGGAGAUGGAGAUUCUGUUAAGGUUGAGGAACCAAGUCAGAUUGAGUCAGAAAAUCCAUCAGAUCAGAGCAUUCUAUCAAAUGGAGAAAUCAGUGAAAGCAGUCCAGAAAAAACAAAUCCAAAUGGAAUUUCACAUGAUGACCUUAAUCCACCUCCAACACCAACUGAAACAUCAUCAACCAUGUCGGAUGAGCUGGGUGACACCCACAGUGAGUCAGGAACUGAGGCAGAAGGAAGUGCAUCAUCAACAUCUCUUAACAGUCAAGCUGGUGGCCCUGUCAAGUUCUCCCAUGUCUCUCAGAAAGAUGCGUUUCUGGUGUUCAGGUCACUGUGUAAGCUUUCAAUGAAACCGUUGUCAGAUGCACCUUUAGAUCCUAAGUCUCAUGAGCUGCGAUCCAAGAUUCUGUCCCUAGAGUUGAUGUUGUCUUGUCUUCAGAAUGCAGGCCCCGUGUUCUGUUCUCAUGAGAUGUUUGUAACAGCCAUCAAACAGUACCUUUGUGUAGCUUUGUCCAAAAAUGGUGUUUCUUCUGUUCCUGCUGUAUUUGAACUUUCACUUGCCAUCUUCUUAACUUUGCUGUCAUCAUUCAAGACACAUCUCAAGAUGCAAAUAGAGGUGUUCUUUAAAGAGAUCUUUCUGAAUAUCUUGGAGACAUCAACAAGUUCAUUUCAACACAAAUGGAUGGUGAUGCAGGCUUUGACACGAAUAUGUUCAGAUGCUCAGUGUGUUGUUGAUAUUUACCUGAACUAUGACUGUGACCUUUCAUUGUCAAACAUCUUUGAACGACUUACAAGUGACUUAGCCAAGAUUGCUCAAGGAAGACAGGCUAUAGCGUUAGCUGCUACUCCAGUGCAAGAGAAAAGUAUACGCCUGAAAGGUCUUGAAUGUUUGGUGUCCAUACUGAAGUGUAUGGUGGAGUGGAGUAGAGAACUUUAUCUCAACCCUCAUUCUCAUGUAGCUAACUCCUCAGAUACACCAACCCCAGGGGUGAAGAGAAAAGUUAGCAUGACCGAAGCUGACUCUGAGGAGGCUGGAGGAGAUCGCAGCAGUUUAACAGAAGAUCGCAUCAGCCUUGGUUCAGAGCUCAAAUCAUUUGGUGGAAGUCAGGGUUCUCUGAACUCCACAUCAACAACUUCAACUGUAGCACCAGACAAUCCUGAACAGUUCGAGUCUCUGAAACAAAUGAAAGGGCUGAUGGAGCAAGGAAUUGAAAAAUUUAAUAAGAAUCCCAAAAAAGGAGUAAAAUAUCUCCAAGAAAAUGGUCUCCUUGGAGGUACACCAGAGGAGGUUGCUGAGUUUUUACACACUGAUGAAAGAUUAGACAAAACACAAGUAGGAGAACUCAUUGGAGACAAUGAUCUUUUUAGCAGAGAAGUGAUGUACAGUUACAUUGACAAGUUAGAUUUUACAGACCUGGACUUUGUAUCAGCGCUACGCUUGUUUCUUAAUAAUUUCCGACUUCCAGGAGAAGCUCAGAAAAUUGAUCGUCUCAUGGAGAAGUUUGCCAGUAGAUAUCUAGAAACAAACCCAACAAACACAGUAUUUGCAAGUGCAGAUGCAGCCUAUGUUUUGGCAUACUCCAUCAUAAUGUUAACAACAGAUCUUCAUAAUUCCCAGGUUAAAAGGAAAAUAACUAAAGAACAGUACAUCACAAUGAACAAAGGAAUCAAUGAUAGCAAGGACUUACCACAAGAGUAUCUGGAGUCAAUUUUUGAUGAGAUAUCUCAGAAUGAAAUAAAAAUGAGAAAUGCACCCAAGACUGUCAAUAAAUAUAGCACCAUCUAUCUUCAAAACGAAAAGCAAAGACGACUUUUGUACUAUCAAGAAAUGGAACAAAUGGCUCAAACAGCCAAGAUUCUGAUUGAAGGAGUCAGUCAAAUUCAAACAACAUUCACAUCUGCAACUCAUGUAGAACACAUUAGACCAAUGUUCAAGGUUACUUGGAGUCCUUUCUUAGCAGCCUUUAGCGUGAACUUGCAGCAUUCCGAUGACCAGCAAGUUGCAUCACUGUGUCUGGAUGGCAUACGCUGUGCAAUCAGGAUUGCAUGCAUAUUUGGAAUGCAGCUUGAACGAGACAGUUUUGUCCAGGCUCUGUCACGGUUCACACUGCUCACGGCAACAGCUGGAUUACAUGAAAUAAAAACAAAGAACAUUGACACAAUCAAGACACUUAUAACUGUGGCACAGACAGAUGGCAACUACCUUGGACGGGCGUGGCAUGAGAUACUGAAGUGUAUAUCUCAACUGGAGCUGGCUCAAUUGAUUGGAACAGGAGUGAAAACAAUGGGACCAGGCACAGGACCAGGGCAGGGAAGCUCUACUCCUGUGUCAAUAAGCUCUACUGGACUUGUUCCCUCAAACGAUCCUAAGAAAAUCGCGUACAUCCAGGAAACAGUUGGAGAGACAAGUUCGCAGAGUGUUGUUGUUGCAGUGGACAGAAUAUUCACUGGAUCAACAAAAUUAGAUGGAGAUGCGAUUGUCGACUUUGUUCAAGCGUUAGGAACCAUUUCAUCUGAGGAACUCGCGAAUCCAACCCAUCCAAGAAUGUUCAGUUUACAGAAAAUUGUUGAAAUUUCUUAUUACAACAUGAACAGGAUCAGGCUGGAGUGGUCCAGGAUCUGGGCCGUGCUUGGGGAUCAUUUUAACAAGUGUGGUUGUAAUCCAAAUGAGGAUGUAGCAUUUUUCUGUGUGGACUCUUUACGGCAACUUGCUAUGAAGUUCUUGGAGAAAGGCGAGUUACCUAACUUCCGGUUUCAGAAGGAUUUCCUCAGACCCUUCGAAUAUAUCGUCAAGAAAAAUAGAUCAGCAACUAUUCGCGACAUGGUCGUCCGCUGUGUGGCGCAAAUGGUGCACUCGCAGGCUCACAAUAUUAAGUCUGGAUGGAAGAAUGUUUUCUCCGUCUUCCAUCUGGCUGCUUCCGAUGAAGAUGAAGGAAUUGUAGAACUUGCUUUUCAAACGACUGCCACUAUAUUCGAGAAAUACUUUUCCGCCACCAUCGAUUCCUUUCAAGACGCUGUCAAGUGUUUAUCAGAGUUUGCUUGUAAUGCUUCGUUUCCUGACACCAGCAUGGAGGCCAUUAGACUCAUUAGAAACUGCGCUAAACAUGUGUAUGAGAAUCCAGAGAUGUUCAGAGAACACAGUGGUGAGGAUGGUGGAGUCCCGGAGGCCGAUAAGGUGUGGGUCAAAGGCUGGUUCCCAGUGCUCUUUGAGCUGUCGUGUAUCAUCAACAGAUGUAAGCUGGAUGUACGAACAAGGGGUUUAACUGUGAUGUUUGAGAUAAUGAAGAGUUAUGGUCACACCUUCCAGCGGCACUGGUGGAGAGAUGAGUUCAGAGUUGUGUUCAGGAUUUUUGAUAACAUGAAGUUACCAGAUCAACAAGUAGAUUGGUCGGAGAAAUCAGAGUGGAUGACCACAACUUGUAAUCACGCUCUGUAUGCUGUAGUUGAUGUGUUUACACAGUACUUUCCGGUGUUGUCUGAUGUUCUUUUGGAGGACAUGUUCUCUCAUCUGCUGUGGUGCGUCCAACAAGAUAACGAGCAGCUGGCGAGGUCUGGUACCAACUGCCUUGAGAAUCUUGUAGUCUCCAACGGUUCCCAGUUCUCCUCUGAGAUGUGGGAAAGGGCGUGUCGCUGUAUUCAGGAUAUCUUCACCUCCACUGUACCCAGUGAGCUUCUCACAUGGCGACCGGAAGUGCCAGCUGUCGGGGUAUCCACCCCAGAUUCCACACCUGCUCAAAGUCCUACACUGACUCCAGACAAAGGGCAUGCAAGUGACAAUAAAUCAGUGGACAUGGAAGUUAACCCGGAGCACGACAUUGUACCUCGCCUAGAAGAAGACGAAGAUGAAUGGGGAGUGGACACACUUAAAGACGAGAAGCCUGUUGACACUGCUGAAGAUGCCCUGCAGGCUCAAGAAUCAAGAACCUCGGAAGAGAACACACGUCCUGUAGUUGAGGUGGAGCAUUCAGAUGAAUCUUUCCGCCACUAUGAUACUCCAGAGCAGUUGUUCACAUCGCUGUUGAUUCGUUGUGUUGUCCAACUCGAACUUAUUCAAACUAUUGACAAUAUUGUGUUUUUUCCUGCAACAAGUCGAAGAGAAGACGCUGAAAAUCUAGCUUUUGCUAAGUCUGGGGAUGUGUCCCGUGAGCGUGUUGGUAGUACAACCAGUGCAGUUAGCGAGUCGCCCUUCGGUGAAGGGAUGUACCCAUUUCUUAGUUCCCCUCAAUUGCUGCUCUUUGUUGAUUGUUUAGAACAAUCACACAAGUUUGCCAAGUCCUUCAACGCCAAUAACGAGCAGAGAACCUUUCUUAUGAAGGCCGGUUUCAAAGGUAAAUCAAAGCCCAACCUGUUGAAACAGGAGACCUCUAGUUUGGCUUGUAUGCUCAGGAUUCUGUUCAAAAUGUACGCAGACGAAGAAAGAAGAGAUUCCUGGCCAGAAAUUGAAAACCGAUCAGCCAGAAUAUGUAAAGAUGCGUUGCAGUAUUUUGUUUCGCUGGAAUCCUCCAGUCAUCGUGAUGCUUGGACAUCCCUGCUAUUGCUACUAUUGAAUAGGCUUCUCAAGCUUGAUGACAACAGGUUCAAGGUGCAUAUUUCUAAUUAUUAUCAAACCCUGUGCGACAUGCUGUUGGUGGAUAAUAAACUGGAGUUGCGCUCUGUGCUCAGACGAGUGUUUCAGCGAGUGGGUACCACGUUUGGAAGCUUUGCAAAAAGCACCUCAUCAAGCUGACAAGUUUCUUUUUUUGUUUGUUUUUUAGUCCCCUCCUUAGUGAGCCAUCCAUACGUAGAUAUUUAAUUCUGAGUCAUUGUCAAUGAUUGGUUUUAGAAUAACCAUGCAAAUACCUGGGAAACUGUAUCCAUUGUACUAGGUAAUUUUUAAGAACUGGUUAUUUUUUUUGUCUGUAGACGAAUUUUCGCGCACGAUUUGAGAGUAACUCCGAAUCUCGAGUACUCCAAAUCGAGAGCUUUGUAAGAGGUUUGUCCCAAGUUUUUUGCGAAAUUUGCGCGGCUUGACAGCAGCAAAGUAAGCAUUUAUGAGAGCGGGUACUACAUGUAUGUGAGUAUGCAACUAUAUGGGAAGGAAAGAGGAAAAGCAACCAAUGAUCAAACCUGUCGUGUACCUGUCACAAUGUGUUUUACUGACCGUGAUUCAUAGGUGAUGUAGACACUCAAGUUUUUAAAGGUGAAUGUGGGAAUUAUUGUUAAGCGAUAUUUAAUGUUGGUAGAUAUACAAAAGAAUUCUUCUUACCUAGAUUGUAAGUUAGCGAAUUUCGAAUUUUCUUUAGUGGAAAUUAACACCUACUAGAUUUGCAGCUGUUAAUUUCUUGUCGUUUGAUCUCCGAUCAUUUUUUGUUUGUGGUUUUUGAUGAAUGUCUCAGCAACAGUUCAUCUUUAAGGUGGAAUUUUGUGACUUGGCAUUUUCGUUUUGUAUGAUAAUUUCAGAUUCUCAUUAAUAGAGUAAUGACAGAAGUGAAAAUGUGAAGCUCUAAACAGUUAAAUGACUUGUAAAGGAAGUGAAAUGAAGAGAAACUGAAAUGACAAAUUUCGUAA